GUUUUUAAUUAUUGCAUAUGAUCGCUGUACCAUAUUUUUCUUUGAAGAUAAAACUUUCUAACCGAAAGUUAACCAUAAAUCAUGAAAAUUGCUAUAAUUUUACUGGCCAUUGCUGGUCUAGUAAAUGGCAGCAGCAGCAACUCUAAUCAAAAAUUUUUAAAUAAACAAAAGUUUCUUUUGGAAAUAGUUUAUCGUGUUGAGGAACCCUUGAUGUUUGAGGAAUGGAUCAAACUUGGCAAGACGUUUAACUUUGAUAGAUCUGAAUACACACGUAUACCUCACUAUAUGGAGAAAUAUUGCAAAGCCUUGAAAUUUGGUGCCACACUGCCUAAGAGUGAAUACUUUGGCGCUCUAACAGAAAGUCACAUCCAACAGGCCUAUGGUCUGUUUGGUUUCUUCUACUAUGUCAAAACAUGGGAACUCUUUCAACGAAAUGUUGCCUGGGCUCGUAUGUUUAGCAAUGAAGCCACUUUUGUUUAUGCUUUAAACUUAGUGCUUCUGCAUCGCGAUGAUUUAAAGGGUUUGCUGUUGCCUUCAAUUUACGAAAUCUUUCCCCAAAACUUCUUUAACAGCAAAUUCAUUUAUGCAGCCGAGAAAUUUGAUUAUGAAACCUGGUCCCAAUACAUCAUGUAUGAAAAGCAAUACAAGGAUAUACUCUACGAAGAUUAUGCUAAAGUCUAUAAGCCCUACGAUAGACAUUUUUACUAUCGCUAUACCACAGAUUGGAAGUUGUGGCAAUGGUGGAAAAUGAUGGGUUUAGGUGAUCACUGGUACUCUGAGGAACACUUUAUAAUGCGCGAAAACUGGCCAGAGUACUACGAGGAUCCCAAAUUCUUUGAAAUCUACGACAGCACCCACAUGUUCUUCAUGCCUGUAGACUAUACGCGUAAUAUUGAGCUCAACAAUUUGGAAUCCACUUUAUCUUUCUUAACUGAAGAUGUGGGCUUAAAUGCCUACUGGUAUUAUCUUAAUCUUAAUCUCGCCUUGGAUGGCAAGCAUAACUAUCAUCGUGAUCAAUUCUGGCUAUAUAAUUUGGAACAAAUUUUACGUCGUUAUCGCAUGGAACGUUUGUCUCAUGGUCUGGAAGAAAUUUUGGAUUUUUCCUUUUUAGACAGCUCGGAUAGUGAUUAUGAUUCACAUUUGAUUUCGUACAAUGGUAUUAGUUAUACGAACCGCAAAUUCUACUAUGAACUCGAACAAUUUGGCCACACCGAUUACUAUCAAAGUCGUUUGGGCAUGUUUGAUCGAUUGGAGGAUAUCAUUAGCAAGAGUUUCUUUGAAACUUAUGCCGGCGAAACGAUUGAUUUGCUUAAGCCCGUAAACACUGUAUUUAAGGGCAAUACUAAGCAGGGCAAAGUUGAUACCUUCGACAAAUACACCUUUCAAUACUGGUACCAGUAUACCCACAUGUAUUUCGCUAAGAGUAACUCUGAUGAUUACGAAGUUCUGCCAAAUGCGUUUUUAAAUUACGAAACCAUGAUGCGUGAUCCUAUGUUCUAUAGCUUCCACAAGAAAAUCGCUUCCGUCUUUUACGACUUCAGGAGCAAUAUUGCGCCCUAUACACACGACGAAUUAUUGUUCCCUAAUGUGAUAAUCAAAGAUGUUGAGGUCAGUGAAUUGGUAACCUAUUUCGAUUUGGUAGACUUUGAUGUCAGCAACUUAAUAAACGACAAGGUUAACUUCGUUGAUGAUCAAAUGAUUUGGGAUAAGACCUUGUUGGCUCGUCAAAUGCGUCUCAAUCACAAACCUUUUGAAUUUGUAUUUAGCGUGGAAUCGGACAAAACUCACAAGGCCGUAGUACGUACAUUCUUGGGUCCCAAAUAUGAUCAAUUUGGUCGUGUUAUCACCUUGCCUAAAAAUCGUGAAAACUUCAUGGAAAUCGAUAGCUUUUUCUACACUCUUAAAGCUGGUAAUAAUAUAUUCAUACGAAAAUCUGAUGAUUUUUCCUGGACCGCUAAGGAUCGCAUAUCCUACACCGAAUUGUACAAGCUUCUAAUGCUGGCCAUUGAAGGCAAAUAUGAAUUUCCCACAAACUUAACUAAACCUCAAUGUGCCUUUCCAGAUCGUUUACUAUUGCCUCGUGGUUGGCCCCAAGGUAUGCCUAUGCAAUUGUUUUUCUUCAUCACUCCCUUAAAAGCCAAAUACGAUAACAAUUCCACCUUUGACUACGCUUAUUCUUGCGGCAUUGGUUCUGGUAUUCCCUACAACGCUGAAAUUGCAUUCGGCUAUCCUUUCGAUCGGGAAAUAAUCGAGUAUGAAUUCUUCGUACCCAACAUGCUGUUCAAGGAUGUCAAGAUCGGCCAUAAAGACACUUUCGAAAAAUACUUUGAGCACAAAUACGAACAUUUUGGGCAGUUCGAUUAUGAAUAUCUUUAAACAAGUAAUUUGCUGGAUUAUAUUAAGAAGUUUUGGUUUUCAGAAAGUAUUGCAAAAAGAUAUUAAUUAAAACUAUUUUUGAUUCAUUAUUAAUAAUUUAAUAAAAAAAUAUU